AUGAAUCAUAAUGGAAGGAUAACUAUUCCAAGUGAACUCAUUGGUUCAAUUCCUCGACCUGACUACUUAUUAUCCGCAGUUCGUGAUCAUGAUUGUGGAAGAAUGACAAAUCAACGUUUCCAUGAUUAUGAGAAUCGAUCAGUUCAGAUUACAAUCAGUGAAUUGGAAGCAACUGGAUCGCAAGUUAUCACUGAUGGCGAACAAACAAAAUCAUCUUUUAUAAUUUAUGCAAUUCAACAACUCAUUAACGAAUAUUAUACAUUCUCUUCGGGUUGUUUCUCUUUGACAUUUGCUGAUGGUCGACAACAUAUUCUUCCGCGUUUAGUCAAAUCCCCAUUUCGUCAUGCUACCUAUGCUCAUACAUAUCUUGAUAAUGCAAAGAGAUUUACUCAUUUACCGAUAAAACAAGCGGUGAUUAGUCCGUCAGCUCUAUCAAUGGUUUAUCCCACAGCAACGAUUAAAAAUUAUUCUCAUGAACAGUUUCUCACCGAUCUGAUCAAUGAAACGGAAAAAGAAAUUCGUUUAUGUUUGGAAAAAGGUGCGCAUUGUGUUCAAAUCGAUUUUGUCGAGGCAAAUUUUGCAUUAAAACUCGAUCCAACGGGACAUCUCCUACGCGAUUUUGUUCAACUGAACAAUUGCGUUUUAGAACGAUUCGCUUUCGAAGAACAACAUCGUCUGGGUGUUCAUCUUUGUUCAGGUGGUGAUCAAGAAUGUCAUCAUUCAUUCGAUGCACAUUAUUUACAAGUUCUUCCGAAAAUAUUCGAUCUUCAUGUGUGCAAUUUCUACCUUCAAUUAGCAAGUGAACCUGAUCGAGAACAAGUGUUGCAAUGCGUUCAGAAAUAUAUGCAACCAUGGCAUCGAAUUUUCAUUGGAGUUAUCGAUCCUGUUGAUCCAAAAAUUGAAACACCUGAAGAAGUUUGUGAACGAAUAUUAGAGGCAACGAAAUAUAUUCCAAUCGAACAAUUAGGAACAACUGAUGACUGUGGAUUUGCUCCAUUUGAUGAUGAUCGAUUGAUCACAAGAGAAGCUGCAUUUGAGAAGAUUCGAGCACGUUUAGAAGGAACAAAAAUGGCAGAGGAACGAUUAAUGAAGAAAAAAUCAAAGAGUAUUUAA